AAGCAGACACACUGGCUUGAUCUUGUCCCAAGUCUGAAUCUUUCCAUCAAGAUGUCAAGCAAGAGGAGGAGUCAAAGUGAAGGGGAGAAUGAGGGAGAGAAUGAUAUGUUUCCUUCUGUUCUGGAUUUGCCAGAGCUGGCUCUGGACAUGGUCCUUGGCAAGCUUUCUCCUGCUGGGCUUUCAAGCAUGUCCUGUGUUUGCAAAUCUGAGGAGACUUGCAGGAGUGAUCAUAUGUGAGAGCACAUGAAAGCAAAAUGGGGGAGAUUAAUUGGCAAGGCUGCUCAAAGACAGUGGGACUUGUGUACUGGCCUUGAGGAAUCAAUCUUUUGUGUAAGGCUAGGCAAAGGUGUUUUCUUCCCUGAUGUUUCCAUUAUGUCCUGGUAUCUCUCUCUUGAAAAUGGCAAGUUCUGGUUCCCUGCUCAGGUUUACAACAGAGAGCAUGGGCAUGUUGGAUUCAUGUUGUCUUGCUAUGAUGCUGAAGUCAGUUAUGAUUGUCAUACUGAUACCUUGCGCAAGUGGUACCCUCCACAUGGCCGGAGAACGGUUGUGAUUGAAGAGGAGUGCAAUGGGAGACUGAGAGCAUCACCUGUUGAAACUUCUGCACAUGAGCUUCAUAUUUCUGAUUGUUUGCAUGAAUUACUGCCCGGUGAUCAUAUUGAGAUUCAGUGGAGAAGGAACAAAGAAUUCCCAUAUGGAUGGUGGUAUGGAGUUGUUGGUCACUUGGAGUCUUGCGACGGUAGUGAGUACCAUUGCCGAUGUCAUAACAGUGAUACUAUCAUGUUAGAGUUUAAUCAAUACACACCUGGUUCAAGAUGGAGACGAGCAGCUGUAAAUCGGAAAAAUCAUCGUGAAGAAGGGAAUGAGACUGACGGAUUUUACGGAGGGAUUCGAAAACUCAAAAGCAAGGAUGAAAUCAAUAUGUGGAAGCAGCUGUGGCCAACUGAUAACCUGGAAUAAGUGUUGAUCAGUGAAUCCUUGUCGUCUUUGAAUCUAUUUGUUGUAAAUUCACUAUUCUCUUGCUAAAUCGAUUCUGCAUGAGAUAACAAGAUAAAAAGGAAAAAAAAGGAACAAUUUUUAUUCGAGUCCGCAUGGAUACCAUGCUCUUUUUGUCUUCCGGUCAUGAGGUUCCAGGUUUUAUGCAGAUUCUCGCGGCUGUAGUUUUAGAAUGAAAACAUUUCUAUGUAAAUUACUUCUUGUAGGUACAAUGCUUGAUGUGUUAAUCUAGUAUUCUCAUCGGCGAAUUAUAAUCGUGUUCUUGUUUACAA